ACUUUCCCUCUUCUUCACGCGUUAUACACGCGAACGCCACUCUUAUUAGGUAUUCUUCCCAUUUCAAAUCCAUUAUACUGACAUCCAUUUCCUCUUUUCAAUUCAGGUCCCAAACUUUCAAUCGAAUACAAGAAAGAUCAGAAGAGCGGCGCUGGAAGCAAGGAAAUUGAGCGAAGAUGCUUCGACCGUUCUUCCGGCGGCUAGAGCGGUGCUUUGGGCGGUUCGGUGGCGGCGAUGGGCUUCUAUGGCAUCUGGAUCUGAAGCCACACGCAGACGGCGUCUUCUCCAUCGCCGUCGUACAAGCUAAUUCUAUGUUAGAAGACCAGGGCCAGGUCGUCACCACCCCAUUUGCGACCUUCAUCGGCGUCUAUGAUGGCCAUGGCGGUCCCGAAGCCUCCCGAUUCGUUAACACCCGGCUUUUUCCUCACCUCCACAAGUUUGCUUCGGAGCAAGGAGGCGUAUCUGCCGACGUGAUAAAGAAGGCGUUCGAUGCGACGGAGGAGGAGUUCCUGCAUUUGGUGAAGCGAUCUGACCCAAUAAUUUGCCCUCGGCCUCAGAUUGCUUCAGUUGGGUCGUGUUGCCUUGUUGGGGCGAUUACGGAGGAUAUGCUCUACGUUGCGAAUUUGGGAGAUUCGCGUGCUGUGCUCGGCCAUAGGACGCCGGAUGGAAAGGAUGUGGUGGCGGAGCGAUUGACUAGUGAUCAUAAUGUUGCAGUGGAGGAGGUCAGGCAGGAGCUGGUCGAGCUACACCCGGAUGAUUCCCACAUUGUAGUGCAUAACCGUGGAGUUUGGCGGAUUAAAGGGAUUAUACAGGUAUCCCGGUCAAUCGGAGAUGCAUACCUUAAGAAACCUGAGUUCAGUAGAGACCCCUUCUUCAAGCAGUUUGUCAUCCCUUUGAAGCGGCCUGUCAUUACUGCCGAGCCAUCUAUUCGGAUGCAUAAAUUAAGAACCCAUGACUUGUUCUUGAUUUUUGCAUCUGAUGGUCUUUGGGAACAACUAAGUGAUGAAGCUGCAGUGGAGAUAGUCUUCAACAGCCCAAGAUCAGGAAUAGCUAAGAGAUUGGUGAGAGCAGCUCUCAACGAGGCUGCGAAGAAGAAUGAAAUGAAAUAUGAUGAUAUCAAAAGAUUAGAGAAGGGAGUAAGACGACACUUCCAUGAUGACAUCACAGUCAUAGUGAUUUACCUUGACCAUCAUCAACAUCAUGAAACAAAUCAAAGAUUUAAAGGUCAGAUUUACAAUUGCAUCAGCGCUCCUGUUGAUAUAUUCUCCCUCAAUACUCAUGAAUCUGUUGACAAUUUUCACUCAUGAAACUGGACAAAUUAUUCUGUGCGGAGUCCAAACGUCGUUCAGAGACCAAUAAAAAUGCGUUAUGUCACCUCAAAAAUUACCGCACUUCAUACCGAACUUAAUACCGAGCGGUACUGAACGGUUCUCUCAUCCGGUGUCCACACAGAAUAAUCUUUCCUGAAACUGAUGAUAAGCCGCUGUAAAUCUCUAAUGCAUCCCGUCACUCUUUGUUACAUAAAAAUUUAACCAUUCCUGAAUGGCAAUACUUGUUUGUCUUCAGAUAUUGGCUUGUUACUGAACACUAACAGGAUAUAACGCAUCUUUCCAAGCCGUGAUGGUGAAGAAAAUGUAGGCUUACAUGUGCUUAGCGAGAA